AUGGAAACAAAUAUAAAGUACAAAAAAAUUAAGAAAGGUGGAUUUACAAAAAAAUGGAAUUUAGAAGUGUUUAAGAAAGAUGAGAAGAGAAUAGAAUUUAAAGAGAAAUGUAAGAAAGCAUUUAACAACAUACUAAUUGAUAAUUGUCAUUCUGAGGAAAUUAAAUGGGACAAUAUUAAGAAAAUUCUAAAGAGCCAGACAGAGGAAGUAAUAGGAACCCAAAAAAAAGAUGCGAGAAAGCCUUGGAUGACAGACGAAAUUGUUAAGCUAAUAAAUGAAAGAAGAAGGUAUAAAAAUCAAAUUAGCACUCAAGAACAAGAACAAUACAAAAGAAUACAGAAUGGCGUGCAAAGGAAGAUAAAAAAAGCUAAAGAAGUAUUGCUAGAUGAACAGUGUAAGGAAGCAGAAGAAUUUUUAAAAAGAGGAAGAAGUGACUUGGCGUUUUUAGAAAUUAAAAAGCUUUUCCGUGAAAGGAAACAAAACGCAGGAACCCUAAUAAACAAAAACGGCGAAUAAAUACUAGAAGCUGAUCAAAAAGCAAAAAGAUGGAAAGAAUAUCUAGACAAAUUAUACGAAGAUAAUUCAACUAUGAUAUUUGAGGAAAAAGAUAAUAUAGAUGAAGAUGAUAAAGGUGAUUAUAUCUUACAUGCAGAAUUUGAUCAUGCGAUUGACUUCAUUAAAAACAAUAAAGCGUAUGGUGUAGAUGAAAUCCCAGCAGAGUUACUUAAAUACACAGACGUAGUUGUUAGAAAAGAACUGUACAAAAUAUGCAAUAAAAUAUAUUUAAAAGGAAAAACCAUUAGUGAUUUCGAAAAGGGUAUUGUGAUACUGAUUCCAAAAAAGAAAGGUACACAAAAAUGUGAAGAAUACAGAACAUUAAACCUCAUCACACAUGCCUCCANAAUCAUCACCAGAAUAAUCAAAAACAGGAUAGACAAAAAGAUAGAAGAAAAUCUGGGUAAAGAUAAAUUCGGAUUCAGAAAAAACAUAGGAACCAGGGAGGCAAUCGUAACGCUGAGAGUAUUAAUUGAAAAACAAAUUAGAAAAAACAAAGAUACAUUUAAAGCCUUUGUCGAUUUGGAGAAGGCGUUUGAUAAUGUAAAGUGGAGUAUAUUAUUCGAUAUUCUAAAAUCGAUUGGGAUUAAGUAUUACGACAGAUAGAUGCAUCUAUAAUUUAUACAAAAACCAAACUUUACUAAUACGUAUAGAUGGGAAAGAAGAAAUAGCAAAAAUUAAAAAGGGUGUAUGACAGGGCUGCAACUUAUCACCGAUGCUGUUUAAUCUGUAUAUUGAAGAAGUAAUGAAAGAAUUAAGAAUAGAAGUAAAACAAGGAGUUAGAAUAGGUGGAGAAACAAUUAACGCAUUGAGAUUUGCUGAUGACAUUUCUUUUUGCGUAGAAACAGAGAAUGACCUGCAAAGGAUUUUAACUAAGGUCAAUAAAAUAUUAUGGGACAAAUAUGGAAUGCGAUUUAAUAUAAAAAAGACAAAGGUUAUGGCGUGCAGCAAGACAAACCCGGUUCUACUUAGUAUACUUAUAGAUAACGCACGCAUUGAACAAGUGCAUCACUUUAAUUACUUGGGAAGUAAAAUAACGGAAGAUGGCCGUUGUAAAGAUGACAUAAUAAGUAGAAUAGCACAAGCGAAGAGGGCUUUCCAGAAUAAAAAACACCUACUAACCACCAAUAGUAUGGACUUAGAGAUAAGGUUCUAA